GCAGAACGGUCUGAUUAUUUUAACAUACAAAGAGACAGAGCUUUUCAUAGAAGAUUUCGACUAGAGAAAGAAAGCGUCUUCUUUUUAUUAAAUAAAAUUAAAAGUAGAUUGCAGUACGCAAAUGAAAAUAAGAACCAAGCUGUCUCGCCUAUGAAUCAGUUAUUGUGCACAUUACGGUUUUACGCCACUCGAAGUCAAUUACUAACUAGUGGAGAUGUAAUUGGAGUGCAUGAGUCAACUGCAUGCAGAAUAAUACAUAAGGUCACUGAUGCUAUAGCACGGUUAUAUCCACAAUUUAUAUCCAUGCCCAUCACUGAAGAUGAACAAAGGCAGGCUGCAUUAAAAUUUUAUGACAUUGCCCGAUUUCCACGAAUUAUUGGGGCAAUAGAUUGCACUCAUGUGCGAAUGAAGUCACCAGGAGGAGAAACUGCAGAGAUAUACAGAAAUAGAAAGGGAUAUUUUUCUAUUAAUAUGCAAGCAAUAUGUUCUGCUGAUUUAAUGUUCAAUGAUGUCGUUGCACGAUGGCAUGGAUCUGCCCAUGAUUCCCACAUCUGGGACAAUUGUAAUCAACGGCGACAUUUUCUACAGGGUACUUAUCGAAAUUACUGUUUACUUGGUGACAGUGGAUAUGCUCAAACCACAUUUAUGAUGACUCCAUUUGCAACAGUGAGUUCUGCAAAUCAGUCUUUAUAUAAUGAGUCACAAAUACGGACCAGAAAUACUAUUGAACGUACUUUUGGAAUAUGGAAAAGAAGGUUCCCUAUUAUGUCAAGAGGUAUUCAAGUACAUUUAAGCAGGAUACCUGGGAUUAUAAUUGCUACUUGUGUGCUUCAUAAUAUUGCACGACUUCAAAAUGACCCAGAACCACCCACUGAUCCAGAAUACUCGCCCAUAUUUGAUAUUGAUGAUGGACUUGAACUAUCAAUGAGUGGCAGCUCUGUCAGAAGUACAUUGGGACACCAGGCUCGCCAAGUUUUGGUAGAAGAAUAUUUUGGUAGAUUAUAAAUCUAUUGUUUUAAAAUAUUUUACAUAAGUUUAAUGUGUACAUAUUCAGAUUUAAUAAAAAACUAUA